GAAAGCGGAGGACUCCCAAAGGAGCCCUUCUCCUCUUCGAGUCCGAUCGGGAAUGGGGUUCUAGGGUGGAUCAAACUCCGGUGAAACCCCUAGAGCUCCCGUUUAUAAAUCCCCCCUCCCAUCCUCCUCAAUACAUCGCCCCAAUCCCCGUCAGCCGCCGGUGAAAUCGGGGGUUAUUACUGUCGAUAAAUCUCUGGCGAGCCACUGUCAAACCAUCUCCACAUUUGAGGUGAAGAUCGCAAAUCUUGAAGGCAAAACUAUUGGUCUCUACUUCUCAGCCUCAUGGUGCAGACGUUGCGGGCGCUUCACCCCAAAGCUGGUUGAAACUUAUGGUGAGCUCUCCUCAGAAGGGAAGGAGUUUGAGGUUGUCUUGGUGUCGGGUGACAGGGACGAGGAUUCAUUUAAUGGUUCCUUCUCAAAGAUGCCAUGGCUUGCCAUUCCAUUCUCUGACUCUAAGGCCCGUGAUCGCCUUGAUGAGCUGUUCAAGGUGAGGGGCAUACCCCACCUUGUCAUCCUUGACGCAAAUGGGGAGGUUCUUAAUAAAAAGGGUGUCCAGGCCGUGGGGGACUACGGCUCUGAGGGGUAUCCCUUCACUCUUGAGAAGAUCAACAAGCUGAAGGAGGAAGAAGAGGCUACUAAAAGGGAGCAAACUCUUCAGACCGUACUGGUUUCGCCAUCCCGUGACUAUUUAAUUUUGAACAAUGGAAAUAAGGUGUCCAUUUCAGAGCUUGAAGGAAAAAUGGUAUGUCUGUACUUCUCCAUUAAUGGUAGCAAAACAUGCGACGAGUUCACUCUGGUGCUUGCGAAAAUAUAUCGAAACCUGAAGGAAAGGGGAGAGAGCUUUGAAGUUGUGAUGGUGUCCUUGGAUGAUGAAGAGUCAUCCUUCAAAGAAGGCUUUGCCACCAUGCCGUGGCUUGCGAUCCCUUUCAACGAUAAGAAAAGCUGCAAGAGGCUUGCUCGCUACUUUGAACUCAGGGGAAUACCUACUUUGGUUGUCCUUGGCACCGACGGGAAGACUCUGCAUAACAAUAUAGCUGAGAUUGUGGAAGAGCAUGGAGAGGAAGCAUGGGAGGGAUUCCCAUUUUCUCAGGACAAAGUGGAUAUGCUUGCAGAGAAGGCGAAAGCAAAAUUGGAAGGACACACAUUGGAGUCCCUUCUGGUUUCUGGGGAGCUAGAUUAUGUCAUUGGCAAAGAUGGUGUCAAGGUUCCAGUGUCGGAGCUCAAUGGGAAGAAUAUUCUCCUCUACUUCUCAGCACAAUGGUGCGGCCCCUGCCGUGCCUUCCUACCUAAACUCGUAGAGGAAUACAACAAUAUCAAGGACAAGGACAGUGCCUUUGAGAUGGUCUUCAUCUCCAGUGAUCGAGAUCAGAAUUCUUUUGAGGACUUCUUCUCAGGCAUGCCUUGGUUGGCACUCCCCUACGGCGAUGAGCGAAAGAAGUCUUUGAGCAGCGUUUUCAAAAUACGAGGAAUCCCUUCCCUCGUUGCCAUUGGACCUACUGGAAGGACAAUCACCAAGGAUGCGAAACUCCUCAUGAUGGUCCAUGGAGCUGAUGCCUAUCCAUUCACAGAGGAGAGGAUCAAGGAGUUGGAGGAUCAGCUUGAAGAGAUGGCAAAAGGGUGGCCUGAGAAGCUGAAAGAUGAUCGCCAUGAGGGGCAUGAGCUUGUUCUGACUCGCUGUGGCAAAUACGUUUGCGAUGGAUGCAAUGGGCUAGGAGACAAGUGGUCCUACCGCUGCACCGAGUGCACCUUUGAUUUGCACACUAGGUGUGCAUUAGUGGAGAACAAGAAGAAAACUGGUGAGGAGUAGGAAAAGACUAAGGUAGGACAUGUAUAUGAUGGGUACGUCUGGCGCAGUGCUUUCACCAGCCGGUCUGCAAUGUCCUGAAAAUUCUCAUGAUCAUGGCUGACAUGGAUGAGAGAGACAUAAAAAUAUCAAACAUAGAAUGUAUAGGCAACAGCAUGUGCAUGUAUAUGUUACUAUCAGCAGCCAUCAUCCAUUAAUUCUGAGUAUAGCACAUAUUCCAG